AGGUGCGUUUGCCAAAGUGAAGGAGAGCCAGCGGAUGAGCGACGAAGGGAAAAUGGACCAGGAGGAGGCUGACGGGAUCCGGAAGCGUUGUCGCGUGGUUGGCUUCGCCCUGCAAGCCGAAAUGAACCACUUCCACGAGAGGCGCAUCUUGGACUUCAAGAAGAUGAUGCAGUCCUACAUCCGGGAGCAGAUCGCCUUCUACCAGAGGGUCAGCCAGAAGCUCGAAGAGACGCUGAGGAGAUACGACAGCCUCUAGCAAAGCCCGCCCAGAUGUUUUUGCGCUCAGGGUGGCCCUCAACGCUAGCGUGCCCUCCGCUGCGACUGCGUUUGCUUCUCUUGCCUCUGGGGAAGGGAGGUCUUCUCCUCAGUGGUGGAUCUUGGGAGGUUAUCUCCCCGUUGACUUGUUGUGCUCUCCGUCGUCUUCACGAUGCUAAACUUCGGGCGUCGAAAAGGGAAGGUUGCAUCCCUGUCGUGACCAAAGCUCGGGAUGGUGCGUUUUCCCACCCAUCCCCGUCCGAUCGUAAGGACCCAUCGGCCGAGAAUCGUUGCACAAAAGACAUUUUGACGAGCGGAAUUCUUUUCCUCCAGAAGAGCUUCGAGCCUUGUUGUUUACAGAGGAAGUAAAAGAAUUUACUUUCCAAAGGAAAUGUAGCUUCUCGCUCCAGCCAGCUUCCUUCCCCCCCCACCCUCUUUCUCAGGCUUGAUUUUCUGGAAAAUCACACACUUAUUUAUCCAGAUCAUGUCCAGCACCAGCACCUCCCCGUUCCCCUCCGGAAAAGGGUCAAAAUCAGGUUGAACCCAGUUCAGGAUCAUUGUUAUUGUUGGCUUUUUCCCUCUCUCUCUAGAGAGGAUAUGAUUGUGCAAAGCAGAGGUCUUCAAACUUGGCAAACUUUUAAAACUUGUGGACUUCAACUCCCAGAAUUCUCCAGCCAGCUUUGGAGUUGAAGUCCACAAGUCUUAAAAGUUGCCAAGUUCGGUGGCCUCUGGUGCAAAACAAAGAGAACAGAGAGCAAAAAUGGAAGUGGAAGGCAUGAAAACGUUUUGCACAGCCAGAAUGACUCUUUCGUGGAAAUCGCACAAGCAACGCCAUCUCACUCCUGAGGUCUGUUGCAGGUAGUCCUCGACUUAACGACCACAACCCCGCCCGGAAUUUCAGUUGCCAAGCGAGUCGGGUUGUCAAGUGAGUUUCCUCCCCCCACCCCUCCACGUUAUGACCUUUCCUGACGUAGUUAUUAAGCGAAUCGCUGGCAGUUGAGUUAGCAAUACGGUCGUUAAGCGAACUUGCUUUUUUCCCCGUCGACUUUGCCCUUCAGCCCCGUUAAGAUUUGAGUGCAUGUUGUGUCCUUUUUAACUCGCCUUGUUUUGUAUUUUAAAACUCUUUUAAUAUUUUUUAAAAUUGUU